UUGGUCCGGGGGGAGGGGCCAGAGCCGAGAGGGCACGAUGACCCCCCCCUCGCUGCUCCUCCUUCUCCUCCUCGGCGCCACCGUGGCCCCCGCGGCCCCCCCGGACCUGGAGGAGCCCGAGGAUUACUCGGAUUGCAGCGAUGGGUACGAGUGGGACCCCGAAACCGAGCACUGCAAAGACGUGGAUGAGUGCGCGGGGGAGGGGCCGCCGCCGUGCCGGGGCUCCAUGAAGUGCCUGAACCAUUUCGGGGGGUACCUGUGCCUGCCGCGCUCGGCCGCGCUGCUCAGCCCCGCCCCCGCCCCCAACGGCCGCUGCCCCCCGGGCUUCGGUCCCGCCCCCGAUGGCACCUGCACAGAUGUGGACGAGUGUGCAGGGCCCCCCCCGUGCCGGCCCAGCCAGGACUGCAUCAACCUCCCGGGGGGCUUCGAGUGCCGCUGCCCCCCUGGCUACCGGCAUCGGCACACCGAGUGUGUUGAUGAGGACGAAUGCCAGUUCCGUUGGUGCCAGCACAUCUGUGCCAACUCCCCGGGAGCCUUCGCCUGCCGCUGCCACCCUGGCUUCAGCCUCGGCCCUGAUGGCCGCUCCUGUCUUGAUGUGGACGAGUGCUCCAUGGGCGCCCGCUGCUCCCAGCGCUGCCUCAACACCUUCGGCUCCUUCCGCUGCCGCUGCAGGCCCGGCUUUGUCCUGGGCAUCGACGGGCACGAGUGCCACGACGUGGACGAGUGCCGGAGGGGGGUCCCGUGCCAGCACCGCUGCCAGAACCUCCCGGGUGCCUUCAGAUGCCUCUGUCCCCCUGGCUACGCUGAGGAGGGGGGGCUCUGCCGAGACCGGGAUGAAUGCACCGACGGUUCCCAUGACUGCGGUGGAGCCCAGAGCUGCCUCAACACAUUUGGGGGACAUCUCUGUGUCCCCCGUGAGCUGUGCCGCGGGCCCUAUGCCCCCCACCCCCGCAGCAAUGGGACCUGCGUGUGCCCCAGGGGUGUCCCUGGCUGCGCCCUCCGUCCCCGCUGGCUCCUCCACCGUUUCCUGGCCAUUCCCCAAAUUCACGAUGUUCCCACCGGGAUCUUCCAGCUCCAGCAUCCCCCGGGGGACCCCCAAAGGCUAAGGCUGCGGGGAGCACCCCCCGGCACCUUUCACCUGAGGGUGCUGACCAAUCACAGCUCACUGCUGGAGCUCACGCGCCCCCUGGCGGGCCCGCGGCAGCUGCUGCUGGAGGUGGAGCUGCUCCCGCUGGGGCCCCGCCUCCCUCUCGACCCCCGGCCCAGAACAGCAGAGGCCCCGCCCCUCAGCAGCUGGGACCCUCCCCCUCCUGCUGGGCGUGGUGUGGCCUUGCUCCGCCUCCACCUCUCCGUGGGGGCCCACCCAUUCUAGGUGGGGGGCAGGGAAUACCCCAAAAACUCCAUCAGAAACCCCCCUGGGACCCCCAACCCUGCCCUGGGGCCUCCAAACCCACUGGGGACCCCCCCCAAACUCCUACUGGGACCCCCCGUUUCCCCCCAGGUCUUUACAAGCCUUCCCAGGACCCCCUGAAGAGCCCCCUGGGACCUCACUCAGGGUCCUGAGGCUCCCUGGGACUGCCCCAAACUACCCAGAGAGCCCCAAAACCUCCUGAAGAAGACCCUUACCCUACCUGGGACCUCAAAUUUUUUUCCUUGGGAGCUGCAACUUCUCCCAGUAGAUCCCCCAAGCAAUCCCCAAGAAACUCCGAAGAACCCCUGGGACCCCCAGCCUGGGGGGACAAAGAACAAGU